UGAAAAGGAGAGUGGAGGACCCGCAGCGAGCGAGAGCGAGGGACAGACGGGGAGAAGCAACACGAGAGCAGCAACACAGAGCUGGACACAGAGGAGGCCGUGACUCCAUCACACAGACACACACAGACGCACACAGACGCACACAGACACACACAGACACACAGAGACCCACACAGACACACACAGACGCACAGAGACCCACACAGACACACACAGACGCACACAAACGCUCACAGACCCACACACACAGGCAGCAUGUUUCCGUGGAGGCUCCUCCGAGCAGUGUGUGCGCUGACGGUGUGCGUCCGUCUGGCUUUCGCCUACGAGGACGAUAUCGAGGUCAAAUUCGCUGACAACUACUUCAAUGAAAUCACUGAGGAAGACAAAGCAGAGCCGACCCCGAGCCCGGCGCCCUGCCCUUCACGGGACCUCAACAAAUGGGACAAGAUCUUCUCGAUGCUGGAAAACAGCCAGAUGAGGGAGAACAUGCUGCUUCAGUACGUCGAUGACAUCGUCAAGGUGGAGAUGGGCUCGCUGCGCGGGGAGAUGCUCAGCUUCGUCGCCCAGUACGGCGGCUCGUGCGGCGUCGCCGUGGAGACCGCGGGGCGGAGGAUGGCCUCGCAGCUGGAAAGCCAGCUCAGCGACGCCCUGGAGCGCCUGCUGCCGGGCGACGCCUCCCGCGCCGGCCGUCCCGGCGGCGUGGAGGCGGCGCUGCAGCAGCUCCUCUCCGCCGCGCACACGCACGCCUCCAGGCUGUCCAAGCUGGAGGCCGGCUGCCUCGCCGGGCCUGGAACCGGGCCGGGGGCCGGUCCCGGUCCCGGAGCCGCCAUGAAGACGGGAUUCGAGCUCCCGGAGAGCGGAGCUGCCGGGCACCGGGAGCAGGAGGUCCACGGGGACGGCGCCGCGGCGGCGGACGGGGUCCUGGACGCGCUGCAGCAGGCGAGGACCGGACUGGACCAGGCGCUGAUGUCACUGAGGCAAAGGAGUCUACCUGCAGGUUGCGACAUGGCCCUCCUGUUUCCCAUGCGCUCCCGCCGCAUCUACGCCGCCGUCGUUCCCGACGCGCCGCUCGCCACCUCCGCCUUCACCGUCUGCAUGUGGGUGAGGCCGACCGCCGCCGCCAACAAGACCGUGCUCCUCUCCUACGGGAACCGCCGCAACCCCUACGAGAUCCAGCUGCUCCUCAGCCGGACCUCGGCCUUCUUCACCAUCGGCGGGGAGGCUCACCUGGUGGAGGCCCGCGGCGCCGUCACCCCGGGCCGGUGGCUGCACCUGUGCGGGACCUGGUCCUCCGGGCGGGGCCUGGCCUCCCUGUGGGCGGGCGGGAGGAAGGCGGCGUCCACGGCCGGCGUCGCCGAGGGCCACGUGCUGCCCGACGGAGGCUCCCUGCAGCUGGGGCAGGAGCGCAACGGCUGCUGCCCCGCGGCGCCGGGCUUCGAGGGCGGCUUCGACGCCAAGCUGGCGUUCGCCGGCGCCAUGACGGGGGUCAACAUGUGGGACCGGGUGCUGUCGGAGGCCGAGAUCGCCCAGCUGGCGCUGCCGGAGGGCCGGGGGUGCGAGCGGAGGGGCGACGUGGUGGCCUGGGGCGUGACGGAAAUGCAGCCGCACGGAGGCGCCCAGUUCGUCAACUAAGUUGGAAUCGCCGUCUCGCUACAAGAUGUGGGGACUCGAACUGUUUCAUUUAUCGCCUAUAUCGCUGCAGUGAACUCGACUGGAACGGACGGGAGCGGCCGAUAACACACACACACACACACACACACACACACUGCUGCAGCGCAGCACGCGGGGCCUCGGCGGCCUGCGCUGUGGCAGGAAACGUGCUGCGAGCGUUAACCAAAGACUUAAUUAGACUCCAGGAAAGACAACGAGUCUAUUGUUGAACAGGUGAACGGGUUCUGAGCCAGUGAACAGAGUAAUCAGCAGGCAGACGUGUAGAAGAGGAGAAUGAGGGGCCAGAGAUGCUGCAAACGACUGUUUCCCAGUUGUAGUGUGAUUUAUUUUUAGCAUAUUGAUUAUUUUUUUAUUUUAAUAUUCAGACUCUUCUAGAUUUUUGCAGAUAUGACAAACACAGCUCAUCUGCCACCAGGCCUCAUGUCUCCUUGGCUUUUUAUAGUUGAUAGUGUUCACAUAGAGUAUUUGCCUUCUAGUUACAGCUAUGAUUCUGGUUAAACUGUUUUAUUAAUGUCAUGUGUGAUACCUGUUAGUGAAAACUGCUGUCUCCUCUAGGAAAAAGCUUAACGUCGAUCUGUUUAACAGCUUGUUUUAUUAUCAUCUUCUUAAGUUCUGUGAAGUUAUUAAUAUUUUACAAACUUCCAUUUCCAAACCUAUACUGUACUUAUUAAACUGUUUACAGUAAUAUGAAGCAUAUGCUGUAAAUCCUUCAGUUCUCAUUUAAUUUUAGUCAUAUAUUUUUUGACAUUGUUUUUUGAUUUGUGACAUUGAGGACAAAGUUUACAGUCGAGUUUUUGUUGUCUUGUACUAUACUGUAAAUUUGCUUUUGUUGUUAUUGUUGCUUGCGUUUAAAGUGAAUGUAUUUUAUACAUAAAUGCCAUCUGGAUGAAUGGAGAAUGAGUCAUAAAUAAAACGAGUUGCAUCAGA